CGGGAGCCGAGACGGCCAGGGUUAAGGCAGAUUCCUCCUGAUAGCGAGGUAAAUGCUGCACCGGGUAGGCAGAGACAUCAAGCGCAUCCUGCGCCGGGAUCGAGACCACGGCGGCGGCGGUCAGCACGGCCAACAGUGGUAGUAAUUGUAGCAGCGGCAUUGUAUCUCUCGCCGGCGACGGUCGACGUCGUCACGGCUAUGCCCCGCUCACGUGCCCUCCAGUAUGCGUCGCCGCUCCAGGGCGGCGGAACUGUCGGAAAUUCCGCGUACCACCUUUAAAUGAGGCAAACGCAGAGCGAUCUUGCGCAUGCGCUUGAGGAGAGCGAGAGAAUCGUGGACAUCAGUUGGAGGGACAAAUAGAGAGGUCCAGGAGAAAACGGGGAGCUGGUCAAGGUGUAAUGAGGGAGCGCUCAGUGAAGCAGUCAAGGAUCAAUCGGAUGUUUACGGCACAUCCCCUCCAGCGAAGACAUGGAUGGGGUUAAGUCGGAUUUUCUGGUUCGGUUUCUGGAUCAGCAACAAGUGUAUGAAGACCCGGGGUCCCAAGAUGUCUGCCAGGUAUGUGGUUAAGGUAGGCGGGGCGAAGCAGACGCACGUAAAUGCACGGCCAAUGUGGAGUUCGCGCAGAUGUGGGUGCAGAGAAGGAAAAAGUAAAAGAAGAAAAAGGGAAUGUAGGUACCAACGAGGGGAGAACAAAUUAGGAAAAUCUUGAUUGUUGUCACUCUGUGCCACGAAUGAAUGUGAGGAAUUGUUGUGGAGAGGAACAGGAACAAGAUGCAAAGCAAACAAACGUCGCG